GCGUGCACCAAUUCUUGUUUGCCUAGGGUGCUGCUCUCCUUCUAUUUAUAUGCUUUGGUCUAUGAGCGUGCGCUAAACCUAUUAUAUGGACGUUGUGACAGUUAUACACAGCAACAUGGAAGCAGGUAUGUCUGCCAGUUCUACUAAUAUGGGUGUCUCUUCAUAUACGGAUGCAGAUAUCUCGAGGAUUUUGGGAGAUGUUUCGGAGGAUGGGACUUUCCUACAUACACCAUCAAUGAUUGAUGUUAAAAGGAAUUAUGAGUUUGCCACGAAGAAGUUACUCAGCUUACAAUUGCAUCACACUAUGCUAGCUGAAUAUUUCAAAGCUAAAAGGAUCCCCCGUGGGUUAAGGUCACAACCCAGGGAUUGUGCAUAUAUGAAUGAGACUGAAUACCGCAGCAGGUUUGAAGCAAUAUCAAAUAGAUACGCAUUUGACCUCAUGCUUUUGCAUAUGGAGUUUAUUUUUCAUGAUAUUACUAAAGUAAAGCAGCUGGUUACACAAGUGGAAAUAAUACUUAAGGACAAUAUAUCCGGACAGGAUCUGGAUAAUCUCCUUGACAAACAAAAAGAGUUUCUAACAAAAUUUAGAAGUGAGUUGGAGGAUGGUAAAAAGCGUCAAUGGCACAGAGACGUACAGGAUUAUACCAACAAUAAGGUCUAUAAUUGGGGAUCCCCAUUUAAUAAUCAGAGAAGAACUAAGAGGAACAAAGUUAAUAGUGAAGAAACUUUAACUAAUGUCCUGGAGAAUCCACAAGGGGUCAACAACAUGGACAGUGGUUCAUCUGUUUCUUUUUUAGGACAGCGCACACCCCAGGGAGAUGCCGUCGGCGGGGCGGCAGAAAGCAUGACAGGAAACGUAAGAACCAGGAACAACAGAAGGAACGCUGGCACCCCACAGACCAAGAUAUUCAAAAAGAAAUGAGCACCGUGAUUAACAUUUCGUCUAAAGAACUUACUCCUGAACAGCAGGGACUCUUACAAAAAGGACUAAGUUUUUGCCCUAGCGUCACCAUGGAUUGGUUUCAAUUUGAGUUAGAUUUUUUGCAAUUUGUUCGUAAAUUUAAGCUUAAAAUGUGGUUUGCAGGCAAAAAUGUAUCGACUUUUCCUACUGAUGUCUCUUCUUCUUCUAUGAAACCAUGCGACUUAAAGAAUACGGCUUAAAAAAUUAUGCGGCUGGGAGGAUAUGCUCAACUCAUCGGACUAUAUCAAGGAUUGAUGAACAAUUCUUUCUUU